AUGCGUCAUUACUUCUGCCCUCAUAUGUUCCCAUUGCGACAUUGGAAAGAUUUGUGGCAGAAAAAACUCCUCAAUCUUCAAUCUACUCAAAACCUCGCUUCAAGCACAAUCUUUGUCGCCAUUGAUACCGAACCAUGGUUGGAUCAUAAAGGGGAAAAACUCGACGACAAAGAGGCUAGUAAGGUCGGCAUAUGCUUUCUAUUCCCCGGAGAAGAUCACCAUGGAGAGCCCUCCAACCCACCUCGUACUCUCGAAGAGACAUACCAACGAUUCGACAUCUCUUCCAACUGCUUGCACAUCCGCGGUCGAGAGGACCGAUCAGGGGAAGUGUUCUGGAAAGGAGGCAGCGGAGGCAUCUUGACCGUCGAGCCGGACGAGGUAGAAGGCGUUAUCGUCGGCCUUCUGCGUGCUAUGCAGCUUUGCUCUUACUCCUCAACAGGCCAUCCUCUAACACUCACUCUGGUCGGGUUCGAUCUACAGGCCGAGCUCCAUAUCUUGGCCCACCAGUUUCCGGGUAUUCUAAAAUGCUUCGACUUCUGGGUUGACAUUCAGGAGCUCACCGAAGAAGCCACAGGAUUUCACAUGUCGCCAAGCCCACGAAACUCAUUCAUCGCCUGUGUAUUCGAAGCCAUGAAUCCGACCUGCACCUCGCGCACCGAUGGGCAUAACGCAGGAAACGACGCCAUGCGCUCCAUUUGCGCCCUUGUUGAUCUCUUAUUCUUCCCCCCCGACAGCGAGUUGUUAGCCCAUACCUGCGAGGAAUACCACGCAAACCCUGCUAGGGAGCGACAGAGACGCCAGCGGGAGAAUAUCGACAUGAAGAAAUGCAACCUGUUUUUAAAGCAUUACCCUCGACCCCGAGAACAGUAUCCAUUCCAAGUCAAGGUCGACUUACCGGGAGUUCGCUUCCCAGGGUUUCCGGACGCAGGUGCAUUAUGUGAAUACUUUCUCAAAUAUAAACCUGUGGCAGCUGGUAGCAACAGCGUUAACUCGUUUGGAGGUUGGAUCUGUUUGGCCAGCUUGGAGGAGCUGAAUGUCUUUGUGAGAGAGGUUAAAGGGAUGAAGGACCCAGACCGAGGGAAGACCUGGAUUGCCACCUCUCAGCACGUUCCGGAAUGGGUACCUGCGACGACGGCACCCGAGUUGAAGCAGUUUCCGGAGCAGAAAUUAAGUCCUGAGAUUUCGGAGAAGAGACAAAAUCGGCAGCGGAGGAAAGAACACAAGGAGUAUUACACUGCUGAUAUGGAGCGAGCUGAAGCCAGGGACCUGCUUAACAAAUUCCGAUUUCCAGAAGAUAGUACUGAAAAAUUGCCAAGUCCUGGAGUUUCGGAAGCCUCUUCCUGCCGCAGCGAAUUUGCUGAUGGAGAGUAUUAUCGUUGCUUUCUCGGCGUCAACCCAGGUGGCGCGUCCAUGGUCAGCGAUGUUAAUAACGUUUGGCGAAAGGGGUAA